UUUCCUCCCCAUCCUGUCGCGGCUCGAAAGGAAUGGAAAAUGGCGGCCUAGGCGCGGAGUUUCCUGCCCGACCAGCGGCGGCGGCUGUCCCGGCGGCCCGGGGCGCGGGGCCCGCGCGGCGCCAUGACGCGCUGGGUGCCCACCAAGCGGGAGGAGAAAUACGGCGUGGCUUUUUAUAACUAUGAUGCCAGGGGAGUGGAUGAACUUUCUUUACAAAUAGGAGACACCGUGCACAUCUUGGAAACAUAUGAAGGGUGGUACAGAGGUUACACCUUAAGAAAAAAAUCUAAGAAGGGUAUAUUUCCUGCUUCAUAUAUUCACCUUAAAGAAGCCACAGUUGAAGGAAAAGGGCAACAUGAAACAGUCAUCCCCAGCGACCUCCCGCUCAUUCAGGAGGUCACCACGACCCUCCGAGAGUGGUCCACCAUCUGGAGGCAGCUCUACGUGCAAGAUAACAGGGAGAUGUUUCGAAGUGUGCGACACAUGAUCUACGACCUUAUUGAGUGGCGAUCGCAGAUCCUUUCUGGAACCCUGCCUCAGGAUGAGCUCAAGGAGCUGAAGAAAAAGGUCACUGCCAAAAUCGAUUAUGGAAACAGAAUUCUCGAUUUGGACUUGGUGGUGAGAGACGAAGACGGGAACAUCCUGGACCCAGAGCUAACUAGCACGAUUAGUCUCUUCAGAGCUCACGAAAUCGCUUCUAAACAAGUGGAGGAAAGGUUACAAGAAGAAAAAUCUCAGAAGCAGAACAUAGAUAUUAACAGACAAGCCAAGUUUGCCGCCACUCCUUCUCUGGCCUUGUUUGUCAACCUCAAAAAUGUGGUUUGUAAAAUUGGAGAAGAUGCCGAAGUGCUCAUGUCGCUUUAUGACCCCGGGGAGUCCAAAUUCAUCAGUGAAAACUACCUUGUUCGCUGGUCAAGUUCAGGAUUGCCUAAAGACAUAGACAGAUUACAUAAUUUGCGAGCUGUUUUUACUGACCUCGGAAGCAAAGACCUGAAAAGGGAGAAAAUCAGCUUCGUGUGUCAGAUCGUGCGCGUGGGCCGCAUGGAGCUGCGGGAGAACAGUGCCAGGAAACUGACCUCGGGCCUGCGGCGGCCUUUCGGCGUGGCCGUGAUGGAUGUAACAGAUAUAAUAAAUGGAAAAGUAGAUGACGAAGAUAAACAGCAUUUCAUCCCCUUUCAGCCGCUCGCGUUGGAUGACGCCAUUCGACACAAGCCGCUGAACAUGUCAUCCCGUUUUUCACCCAGGGUGGCAGGGGAGAAUGACUUCCUUCAGACUGUUAUAAACAAAGUCAUUGCUGCCAAAGAAGUCAACCACAAGGGCCAGGGUUUGUGGGUAACACUGAAAUUACUCCCUGGCGAUAUCCAUCAGAUUAGAAAGGAGUUUCCGCAUUUAGUGGACAGGACCACGGCGGUGGCUCGGAAAACAGGGUUUCCGGAGAUAAUCAUGCCUGGUGAUGUUCGAAAUGAUAUCUACGUAACAUUAGUUCAAGGAGAUUUUGAUAAAGGAAGUAAAACGACUGCGAAGAAUGUGGAAGUUACAGUGUCUGUUUACGAUGAAGAUGGAAAACGACUGGAGCAUGUGAUUUUCCCCGGCGCUGGUGAUGAAGCGAUUUCAGAGUACAAGUCCGUCAUUUACUACCAAGUGAAGCAGCCGCGCUGGUUUGAGACUGUGAAGGUGGCCAUUCCCAUCGAGGACGUCAAUCGCAGUCACCUCCGCUUCACCUUCCGCCAUCGAUCCUCGCAGGACUCUAAAGACAAAUCGGAGAAAAUAUUUGCCCUAGCCUUUGUGAAGCUGAUGAGAUACGACGGGACCACUCUGAGAGACGGAGAGCACGAUCUGAUCGUGUAUAAGGCCGAAGCAAAGAAGCUGGAAGAUGCGGCCACAUACUUGAGCCUGCCGUCCACGAAAGCAGAGCUGGAGGAGAAGGGCCACUCAGCCACGGGCAAGAGCAUGCAAAGCCUCGGGAGCUGCACCAUCAGCAAAGAUUCGUUCCAGGUGUCAACGCUCGUGUGCUCCACGAAACUGACCCAGAACGUGGACCUCCUGGGGCUCCUCAAGUGGCGUUCCAACACCAACCUGCUGCAGCAGAACCUGAGGCAGCUGAUGAAGGUGGAUGGCGGCGAAGUGGUGAAGUUCCUCCAGGACACCUUGGAUGCCCUGUUCAACAUCAUGAUGGAGAACUCCGAGAGCGAGACCUUUGACACCCUGGUGUUCGAUGCCCUGGUGUUUAUCAUUGGACUCAUUGCUGACCGAAAAUUUCAGCAUUUUAAUCCCGUUUUGGAAACCUACAUUAAGAAACACUUCAGUGCAACACUAGCCUACACGAAGCUGACGAAAGUUCUGCGGAACUACGUGGACAGUGCUGAGAAGCCGGCCGUCAGCGAGCAGCUGUACAAAGCCAUGAAGGCCUUGGAGUACAUCUUCAAGUUCAUCGUGCGCUCCCGAAUCUUGUUCAAUCAGCUGUACGAAAACAAGGGAGAGGCUGACUUCGUGGAGUCCUUGCUGCAGCUGUUCCGGUCCGUCAGCGACAUGAUGAGCAGCGUGUCGGACCAGACGGUCCGGGUGAAGGGAGCGGCACUGAAAUACUUGCCAACGAUCAUCAACGAUGUGAAACUGGUGUUUGACCCCAAAGAGCUCAGCAAAAUGUUUACCGAUUUCAUCCUGAAUGUCCCCAUGGGUUUGCUGACCAUUCAGAAGCUGUAUUGUUUGAUCGAAAUCGUUCACAGUGACCUCUUCACACAGCACGACUGCAGAGAGCUUCUGCUUCCUAUGAUGACGGAUCAGCUCAAGUACCAUCUGGAGAGACAGGAAGACCAGGAGGCCUGCUGCCAGCUGCUGAGCAACAUCCUGGAAGUACUGUACCGCAAGGACGUGGGCCCGACGCAGAGGCACGUCCAGAUAAUCAUGGAGAAGCUGCUGCGGACAGUGAACCGGACGGUCAUCUCCAUGGGACGGGACUCCGAACUCAUUGGCAACUUCGUGGCUUGCAUGACUGCUAUUUUACGACAAAUGGAAGAUUAUCAUUAUGCCCAUUUGAUCAAGACUUUUGGGAAAAUGAGGACUGACGUUGUGGAUUUCCUGAUGGAAACAUUCAUCAUGUUUAAGAAUCUCAUCGGGAAGAACGUCUACCCUUUCGACUGGGUGAUAAUGAACAUGAUGCAGAAUAAAGUCUUCCUGCGAGCGAUUAAUCAGUAUGCAGAUAUGCUGAACAAAAAAUUUCUGGAUCAAGCCAACUUUGAGCUACAGGCUGUGCCGAGUGACCUGGUGUUUUUCCUAUCCCUGCUUUUCAGGUAUGGAGACAUGAGGAGGCAGAUCGGCUUCGAAAUCAGAGACAUGUGGUACAACCUUGGUCAGCACAAGAUAAAGUUCAUUCCAGAAAUGGUCGGCCCGAUAUUGGAAAUGACACUAAUUCCUGAGACAGAGCUGCGCAAAGCCACCAUCCCCAUCUUCUUCGAUAUGAUGCAGUGUGAGUUCCAUUCCACCCGAAGCUUCCAGAUGUUCGAAAAUGAGAUCAUCACCAAGCUGGAUCAUGAAGUGGAAGGGGGCAGAGGAGACGAACAGUACAAAGUGUUAUUUGAUAAAAUCCUGCUGGAACACUGCAGGAAACACAAAUACCUCGCCAAAACCGGAGAAACGUUUGUAAAACUCGUCGUGCGCCUGAUGGAGCGACUUCUGGACUACAGGACCAUCAUGCAUGAUGAGAACAAAGAAAACCGCAUGAGCUGUACUGUCAACGUGCUGGUGAGUGAAAAGUUCAUUGACUUUCCAACCUGCGCAGUGAGCCGGAAACGGAACCAAGAUGAUCAGAAACCUUAUGACAGCCGGCCACGGAGCUUCCCAUGGCCGGACAAGCUUCCUUUGCUGGAUUCCUUGUCUGAGUCGUGCCAGCUGGGUGGCUUUCAGCAGCAGGAGGGUGCUGGAGGCUGGGCGCCUGGCCUGGCCGUGCUGGCCGGGCCGUGCUCGCGCCGAGAGAAGGCAGGGCAGAUGUGGGAGGAGGCCAUCGCCCUGGGCAAGGAACUUGCCGAACAGUAUGAAAACGAAAUGUUUGAUUAUGAACAACUCAGCGAAUUGCUGAAAAAACAGGCUCAGUUUUACGAAAACAUCGUCAAAGUGAUAAGACCCAAGCCUGACUAUUUUGCUGUCGGCUACUAUGGACAAGGAUUUCCCACGUUCCUCCGGGGGAAAGUUUUCAUUUACCGGGGCAAAGAGUAUGAGCGCCGGGAAGACUUUGAGGCUCGGCUGUUAACCCAGUUUCCAAACGCUGAGAAAAUGAAGACGACAUCUCCACCAGGCGAGGAUAUUAAGAACUCCCCAGGCCAGUAUAUUCAGUGCUUCACAGUGAAGCCCAAACUCGAUCUGCCCCCGAAAUUUCACAGGCCGGUGUCAGAGCAGAUUGUAAGUUUUUACAGGGUAAAUGAGGUCCAGCGAUUCGAAUAUUCUCGGCCUAUCCGCAAAGGAGAGAAAAACCCAGACAAUGAAUUUGCGAACAUGUGGAUCGAGAGAGCCAUAUACACCACUGCGUAUAAGCUGCCGGGAAUCCUAAGGUGGUUCGAGGUGAAGUCCGUGUUCAUGGUGGAGAUCAGCCCCCUGGAGAACGCCAUCGAGACCAUGCAGCUGACGAAUGACAAGCUGGACAGCAUGGUGCAGCAGCACCUGGACGACCCCAGCCUCCCCGUCAACCCGCUCUCCAUGCUUCUCAACGGCAUCGUGGACCCUGCCGUCAUGGGCGGCUUUGCAAAUUACGAAAAGGCCUUCUUCACAGAGCGAUACCUGCAGGAGCACCCAGAGGCCCACGAGCAGAUUGAGAAGCUCAAGGACCUGAUCGCAUGGCAGAUCCCAUUUUUGGCCGAAGGGGUCAGGAUCCAUGGAGAGAAAGUCACAGAAGCACUGAGGCCAUUUCAUGAGAGAAUGGAAGCCUGUUUCAAACAGCUGAAGGAAAAAGUGGAGAAGCAGUAUGGCGUCCGGACCAUGCCCUCAAGCCUGGACGACAGACGAGGCAGCCGUCCUCGGUCCAUGGUGCGAUCCUUCACGAUGCCUUCUUCAUCACGGCCUCUGUCGGUGGCCUCCGUCUCCUCCUUGUCAUCGGACAGCACCCCUUCCAGGCCGGGCUCUGAUGGGUUUGCCCUGGAGCCCCUCCUGCCAAAGAAAAUGCACUCCAGGUCCCAGGACAAGCUCGACAAGGACGACCCGGAGAAGGAGAAGAAGGACAAGAAGAAGGAGAAGAGGAACAGCAAGCACCAGGAGAUAUUCGAUAAGGAGCUUAAGGCCGCCGACAUCCCCCUGCAGCAGUCGGAGGCUGUGAUCCUUUCAGAGACGAUAAGUCCCCUGCGGCCCCAGAGACCGAAGAGCCAGGUGAUCAACGUCGCUGGAAGUGAAAGGCGCUUCUCAGUGUCGCCGUCAUCGCCGUCCUCCCAGCAGACACCCCCUCCAGUCACGCCACGGGCCAAGCUGAGCUUCAGUUUGCAGUCCAGUUUGGAGCUGAAUGGCGUGACCGGGAUGGACAUGGCCGAGGUCCCGCCCCCUCUGCCUCUGAAAGGCGGCGUGGCGGACUACGGGUACCUGAUGGAAAAGCAGGACACGAUGGCUUCGGCAGCGCCCCCGCCCCCUCCUCCUCACCAGAGGCACCUGCCACCGCCACUGCCCAGCAAAACCCCGCCUCCUCCCCCUCCAAAGACGACGCGCAAGCAGACAUCCGUGGACUCCGGGAUCGUGCAGUGAGCGGCAGGACGGGCUGGAAAGACCAAGCUGUCAUCUCUCCUCUCCCUCCGUGUCUUUUUCUGUGUCUGGCGUUUACCUCAUUGGGCCUGUGAUGUCUGCCAUUUAGUGCAAUCGCUUUUCCUUAAAAGGAGUUGGUUUUUCAACCUUGGAGUGCGUAGGUUUCGUAUUAGGAAGCAAGGUGGACGUGGGUCUGGGACGUACUGUUAUGUUUAUCGAAAGGGUGUCCUCCUUGAGAGAGCCUAAGUCUUGCCCAAAAGCCCUUUCUUUUUGUGCCAAAUGACACAUUAGCAAAGAGUUGCGCUGAGCCGCGUUGCGCAUCGUAGGAGAGGUUAGGCCAUUGUCCUUGAGAACUGCACAGUGCCUGAGCUUCUGAGCUCUCACCUUCUCAGAGUCCCGUCCCAGCUCACAUGUACAGAAUGUUUCUCCAAACCCUCCCUGCUGUGGCUGACGGUGUGACUUUUUGUUGGUUGAAUGUCUCUUCAACCUGCAUCGGGCAAUUAAGGUCAACCCUUGCAGGGAAGGCCUGAUUUCCUCUGGUAUAAUUUAAACUAGGCUAUUUCUCAGCUACUGAACAGUUACUAAUUUAUGGAGUGGAAACACGAUUAAAAAUACUGGAUCAAGUGGAAAAAUAACUAUAAAUAUAGGAAGAUCACUUUUCUCUCCUUUUUAAAACAGAAUACAUAUACCACAAGAGACGGUUUUAAUUGGGUAAAUUCUUAUUGUCCUCAUUCUGUACAGAAGUGUGUAUAUAUGAUGGUUCUUAGAACCCGUUUUCGUUUUUGUGGUCCUUCCAUUUAUUGUAAUAGGUGUCUGCAAAUGACUGCCAAUAUGUGUUCUUAAUUUUUAACUGCUGGAAAUGUAAAAAAAUACAAUGCAAAUUAAAUUUCUAUGUUUUGUUUUCAAAGCUC